AAAGAACGAGCGAAGAAGAAAGGCACGGAAAGAGUGUGCAAGAGUGCAAGAGUGAGCUCGUGAUCCAUGGUCGUAGAAAAUAAACUUUUCUUUGGAAAAACAAUUAUUGUGACGAAAGAUUUCGGUAAAUUACGUGACUAAAUCCAGAAGCAUAUAGCAAAGAUUGCUGCAAAUAUACAGAAAUACGUGGAAACCCCUAUCGGCGCGAUUUGUGGACAGCAGAAAACUUUUCCUUCGAAGUUUCCAUUCGGGAAUCAUGCCGCCCGCAAACAAUAAUAACGAUGAUCUGCCUCCACCGAAGGCGGAUUUCAGCGCUCCUCCACCCUACGAAGUGACCGAUAACAACGGUAACGCCCAUCAGUACGAUCCACCGGAAAUGACUACCAAAUUACCGACUUACGAAGAGGUACAGAUGGAAAAGAUGAUCAACCACGAGUUGCCGAUUCCGCCGGGCACCGGAGGUCACGGAUUGGGACCACCACCACCCCCUAGCAUUACCAGGCUGCCGCUGGGACCAGGAUCUGGUCAUGGAGUUGGCAGCGGAGGUGGUCCGGCAGUCACAUUCAUUGCCAUCGAUGCCGAUGGUGAAAACAUCAAUGCCGACAACAGUCUGCUGGGUACGGACAUUGUCUUUGUGACCGCAUUCCUGGUGGCGUUCUUAUUCAAUUGGAUUGGAUUCCUGAUGCUGACAUGUUUCUGUCACACGAUCGCUGCUCGAUACGGAGCGCUGUCUGGAUUUGGCCUUUCGCUGGCCAAAUGGACACUUAUUGUCAAACAUUCAACCGACUUUGCAUCGCAUGAAAAUUCCUGGCUCUGGUGGCUGAUCAUGGCAUUCGGUUUCCUUAUCUGUGUCCGAGCCCUCGUCCAGUACAUUAGUAUCAAGCGAACGUGGCGACUGUUGUCUACUUCCGCCCAAGAGAGGUUGUUAUUCUUCUACUGAGUUUCGUGUAUUAGUUAAACAUUACAAUAUUCAUUUACUUUACAACCACAAACAGAAAAAAGUAAACUAGAUCCCACAAAACAGGAUCGCUUGUAGUACCAUAUACUUACUAUAUUCGCUUUAGAUAAUGUGCGGCUCCAAGCUGUCUUAAUGGAUGUUUUAGGACCAUCUCUGUGAAGCAAACAAUCAAACGAGUUGAACAAAAUCACUCGAUUUACCAAUUUUAAUAUACACAACACGAACACUUUUGAGAGUGGUAUUGGAAUGAAGACAAACAAAACAACUGCAACCGGAUCAAUGCAUUAUUUCGAUUUCGAUUGGUACAUAGCAUCAUCGAAUCGAUUACCGUGUUUCUGAUUUCCCGAAAAUUAAAAAAUUGGAAAUAAGCAUCCUACACUUUUACAUUCCCUUUUAUAAUUUUCGUGGAUCAAUGUGUUACAUUUCUAUUCGAUCGUUUCUCAUGAUCAAGCAGGCAAAAACGAAACCGUCUCAGUAGCAUCAAUAUUAGGCCAAGGAAAGAUUUCUAUUUGAAAGUAUAUCACGUGAUAUGUGAAUGUUUGUAUCUAGAGAAUCUGUUGUUCCGGGAAAAGGUACCUAUCCGUACUUUUCUAGUUUAUCUUUUCGUUUGUUUGUUAUCCCCUAAUAGCUAUUGUUAAAGAACAGUUUUUUUUUCUCGGUUCAAUCUAUUGAUAGCUGAUCUAUAUGACAUAUCGUUUAGAGAACAAACUGAUACUUCUAGCUAAAAAUGAAUCGAUAGGAUUGAAAGCUUAAUUCGAAAUAAAUGUUGAUUAAAUUUUGUUUUAUGGCAUCCAUAGUGAAAUAAAAAAAAAACGACAAGCAGGACUAAGGUUGAACAAAAGUAGGGAAAUAAACAGUACACACAAAGAGCAUGUCUGGAUUCGCUAAAACGAAAAAGAAAAAAAAACAUAACAAAACCCAUUCUCUAUAUAUUUAACUACAAUUGUGUACUUUGAAUGAGUAUAAAAAGAAAAAUCAAACAGAGGAAAUAACUAUUUUUGUACUUGUAAAUAGGCUUUGGUGUGGCAGAACUAACUAGCUGUCCGAGGAAAGCGUUAUGGAACAUAAAUCAGGCAGAAAAAUUACAAAUUGUGGAAAAAUAUAUUCUACUGUAACUCAAUUGUGAAACAGUCAAAAUUUAUCUGAAUAAACUAUAAAUAGUGAAAAUCA